AUUAUUGCUAAGUACCUGACAACAAAUCGAUGAGAAAAAUUUGCACGGAAAAGGGUUCCAAACUUCACUGUUUUAAUACAAAUUACAAAAUAAUACACUUAAAUUAUUACGAAAAUGCCUGAAGAAAAGGCUCAAGAUUAUUGGAUCGAGGAGAGUAUUAAAGACAAGGAGUUUGAAGAGUUAUAUGAGCUCGGAAAAGAACUUGGAAAGGGAGCAACAUCAUUGGUGCACAAAUGUUUGGGCCAAGGAGUUGAAAGUAAUCCAUGGGCCGUCAAAAUUAUCAAUAAACAGGUAGACAAAAAGAUUAUACGAUCUGAAAUAGGUUCACUUCUCAGACUCUCUCAUCCAAAUGUGAUUCGCUUAAAGGAAAUAUUUGAGACACCUACAAAGAUCUCUAUGGUCCUGGAACUUGUCACAGGAGGUGAACUUUUUGACAGGAUUGUAACUCGAGGAUCUUAUAGUGAGCGUGAUGCUUCAAAGUGUAUCAAAGAAAUGCUUGAGGCAGUAAAGUAUCUCCAUGACAACGAUGUAGUGCACAGAGAUUUAAAGCCUGAAAAUCUUCUCUACGAAAAUAAUGCAGAUGAUUCAAAGUUAAAAAUUGCUGACUUUGGUUUGUCUAAGGUUGUGAGUGCAGAGGUUCAAAUGCAAACUGUGUGCGGAACACCGGGAUACUGUGCACCUGAAGUCCUUCUUGGGAGAAAAUAUACCAGUGCAGUUGAUCUAUGGAGUGUGGGAGUUAUAACAUAUAUCUUACUUUGUGGCUAUGAGCCAUUCUACUGUGAGCAGGAGGCUGACAUGUACAAAAAAAUAAUCAAAUGUGACUACGAGUUCCAUGAAAGUUGGUGGUCUGAUGUCAGUGAAAAUGCAAAGGACUUGGUGCGGAAGCUACUUGUAACUGAUCCAGAGAAGCGACUGACAGCUAGAGAGGCCCUACAGCACCAAUGGGUGACAGGAGCAGGGGCACAAAACAAUCAUAUGCUGGAAUGCCAGAACAAACUGAAACAGUUUAAUGCAAGAAGGAAACUACGGGCUGCCACUGAUGCUGUGAUUGCAAUGAACCGAGUCAGACUGGGAGAUCUAGAGAGAAGUCAGAGUCACAGUGCAGGUACAGCCAUGGAGGAGGUUUGAACCCACAAUGCAACACAGAGGAGGCAUUUAUUCCCACAAUGCACAAAGA